AUUCACCAACCCCUGUCCCAGAGUUGUUAUGCAUACUCUUCUCUCUUCCAACAACCCUUCUUCGCCCGCCUAAUUUUAGACUCACCAACCCCAAUCUUUUUAUCUAUGCGAUUCUACCAGCAGUUCAUCACUUUCGCUAAACCGGGAACCAAUCUCUCCUAAUGGCCACGGCUUCCAAUUCUCUGCAAUUUUUUGGCUCUUCAUCUCCCGGUGUUGCGCCCAGGCCAGCUACAACUUACCCAGAUUCUCAGAGCUUCAGAUCACUCUCUUUCUCUUCCCGGCUAAACUCGAUUAGCCUCAGAUCUUUGGAGUCAAAGAGGCAAACGUAUCCAAGUAGCGUAAAUCAGGUUGCUAGAGUUCGCUGCAGUAUGGAGGUCGAUAUCUCUCUAAGCCCCAGAGUGAAUGCAGUGAAGCCGUCAAAAACCGUGGCUAUAACCGAUCAAGCAACUGCUCUAGCACAGGCUGGAGUUCCUGUUAUUAGAUUAGCGGCUGGAGAACCCGAUUUCGAUACUCCUGCUCCGAUAGCAGAGGCUGGUAUCAAUGCAAUUCGUGAAGGGCAUACUAGGUAUACCCCAAAUGCAGGCACUAUGGAAAUUCGUCAAGCUAUUUGUCAUAAGUUGAAAGAGGAGAAUGGGCUAACUUAUACCCCCGAUCAAAUUUUGGUGAGUAAUGGGGCAAAGCAAAGCAUUCUUCAGGCAGUCCUCGCUGUUUGUUCUCCCGGAGAUGAGGUUCUGAUUCCGGCUCCCUUCUGGGUUAGCUACCCGGAAAUGGCAAGGUUGGCAGAUGCAAACCCCGUGAUUCUUCCUACCAGCAUAUCUGAGAAUUUUAUCAUGGAUCCAAAGCUCCUCGAAUCUAAACUCACGGAGAAGUCAAGACUGUUGAUUCUUUGUUCUCCGUCCAAUCCAACUGGAUCUGUCUACCCUAGGAAAGUACUCGAGGACAUUGCUAAGAUUGUAGCGAAACAUCCAAGGCUUUUGGUGCUUUCUGAUGAAAUUUAUGAGCACAUUAUUUAUGCACCCGCAACUCAUACAAGCUUUGCAUCUUUGCCUGGAAUGUGGGAGAGGACUCUCACCGUAAAUGGAUUUUCUAAGGCCUUUGCAAUGACUGGUUGGAGACUCGGGUAUAUUGCCGGUCCUAAACAUUUCGUUGCUGCAUGCAAUAAAAUUCAGAGCCAGUCCACUUCGGGUGCCAGCAGUAUUUCACAAAAAGCGGGCGUUGCUGCUUUAGGGCUGGGGUACGCUGGUGGAGAAGCAGUUGCAACGAUGGUAAAGGCCUUCCGUGAGCGACGUGAUUUUCUGGUCAAAAGCUUCGGGGAAAUGGAAGGCGUCAAGAUUUCAGAACCUCAGGGAGCCUUCUAUCUGUUUAUUGACUUCAGCUCUUACUAUGGAGUAGAGGUAGCUGGAUUUGGUGCUGUGACUGAUUCAGAGUCGCUAUGUCGGUAUUUGCUGGAUAAAGCUCAAGUUGCUCUGGUGCCCGGUGAUGCUUUUGGCGAUGAUACCUGUAUCCGAAUCUCGUAUGCAGCAUCUCUCUCGACAUUGCAGGCAGCAGUCGAAAGAAUCAGGAAGGCGUUGCUCACUAUCAGGCCAGUUGUACCUGUUUGAUGAUGAAUCUCUUCGUCUUCCCCGCAUUUUGUGUGUUGGACAAUUGUCAUGAAAGCCAGAUUUUGUUGUAACUUCAGAAUCUGAGCCCUGUCUGUCUGCUUGUUGUAUGCUUGCUUUCUUAUGGUUACUAGUUUCUGAGCUUUCUGUACCCAGAUUGCAGAAAUAUGAUAUGAUGAAAUAAGUUGAUUUGCUAAUAAA